AUGCUCAUUUCCAUUGCCUAUGUUAGAUUUUGUGAUGAUUUGUCAGUAGUAGAAGAAUUACUUUUCUGCAAACCAAUAGAACUCAAAGCAACAGCACUCGCAUUAUUUGCUAUCUUAAAUGAUUUUAUGAACGAGGCAAACAUAGAAUGGAAAAAUUGCGUCGGAAUAUGCACCGAUGGUGCUCGUUCUAUGUCCGGAAGAUUCCAAAGUAUUCAAGCACUUGUGAAACAAAAAUCGCCACAGUGCGUCUGGACACAUUGCAUGAUCCACAGAGAAGCUUUGGCUUCCAAAGAAAUGAGUCCUGGUUUGAAUAUUGUGUUAACUACGGUUGUAACCGUAGUAAAUUAUAUAAAAAUGAGACCCCUGAAAUCAAGAAUCUUUUCCGCACUUUGUAAAGACAUGGGUGCAGUACAUUCAGCGUUACUAUUUUAUUGCGAGGCAAGAUGGUUAUCACGAGGGAAAUUUUUGCAACGUGUUUAUGAAUUAAGAGAAGAAAUCGCCGUUUUCCUACAAGAUGAAAACAGACCGGAAACUGAGAAUUUUCGUGAUAGUUUAUUUGUGAUGAAAUUGAGCUACAUGGUCGACAUAUUCGAGAAAUUAAAUAACUUGAAUCUUCAACUGCAAGGAGCAAAUACGCAUAUAUUGGAUACGAGUGAUAAAGUUAAUGCUUUUUGUAGGAAACUUGAGUUGUGGAGCAGAAAUUUAAAGCAAGAAGAUUUAACUAUGUUUGCAAAUUUGAAUGAUUGUAUUAAAACUUACAAGGCUGAAGAACAACAUGUAAAAGUUGUUUUUGUAACCAUUGAAAAUCAUUUAGCAAUGCUAGCAAAGAAUUUUAAAAAGUACUUUCUUGCUGACGACAAACUGAUAUCAAGUUACAAGUGGGUGAGGGAUCCAUUUCAAAAUACUCCCGAAGGACUCUCAAUUGAAGAGGAAGAAACCUUCAUAGACUUCACGGCAAGCGGUGAAACCAAAAGACAAUUUAGUAAUAAAUCACUUUUUGAAUUUUGGACAGGAGUGGAUGAUGAGUUUUCUGCACUAAAAACAAGAGCAUUUCGCGCUCUACUACCAUUUUAA